UUAUAAAAUGUCAAACUAGAAGAGAGCUCAUUUUCGCUUCGAUGCCCAAGAAUAUUGGAUCUCGCAAUCCGAAGAGCUCGGAGAGACUCCCAGGAAAUUCGUCCUAAAAGAACGCACAUGUAACGCAAUGGCGACGACGGUGGCGCAAGAGGGUAGAUUCGAGCUUCCCGAAGAAGUGGAGGGAAGGACGAAUCCAGGCCAGCCUAGUCUAGACAAGGCUUUCCUGGAGAGGAUCCUCCAGGAGGUCCUGCGGGACCGGAGCGCCCGAGUCCUGUGGCUGAAGAAGGAGCAGGCUUGCAAAAAGGGCGACAACCUGCUCAGCGAGCUCUUCAGGGUCUCCUUGAGGUACUCCAGGACCUCCGAGGGCCACGACAGGAAACAAAUCGAGGAGACCAUCAACUUCAUCGUGAAGCUCGAACCUGCGACGAUUGGAGCUGGUUUGAAGCUGAUUCGCGACCAGGAACUGUUCUCCAACGAGCUGAAGGUCCUCAGGUACGUCCUCCCGAGGAUCGAAAAAUUCGUCGAGCAGAAGUUAGGUCCCACGUUGCUUUACGGCAGCGAAAAUCCCAUGCUCAUCGUCAUGGAGGACCUUGGGACUCGUGGGUUCGCCUUGAAGAACAGGCAGAAGGGCUUGUCCAUGGCUCAUACCGUCAUGACCAUCGAGACCAUCGCUAAAUUCCACGCUGGAUCUGUGGCACUGUACGAGGAGGAGCCCGAUCUCAUCCGGUCUUUCAAGAGGGGGGUCAUAUCGGAGAAGAGUCAUGCGAACAUAUUUCGACUGAUGGAAAUUAGUCUGGAAAAAUUGAGCGAAACGUGGCCAGAGUACGGCGGCGACCGAGCUUGUGGAAAACUGAAGGCUUUGGCGAGUACUAUUACAUCUCGGCUACUUAACGUGUGUAAAUACGACCCUGAUGAGUUUUGCGUGCUGAACCAUGGAGAUUGCUGGAUAAACAACAUGCUCUUCCGGGAAAACGGCAAAGGCGAGCCGAUCGAUCUCUUGAUGGUUGAUUUUCAAUAUUCCGUCUACACGUCUCCUGCGAUAGACCUCCUGUACUUCAUCAACAUUUGCCCGGAGGCCAAACUGAAGUGCGAUAUGGAUGACUUCUUCCUGGAACAUUAUCUGAAGGUGCUGAAGAAGUACAUGAAGUCGAUCGGCUGCAAGACCGAGCCGCCCACGAUGGAGCAGCUGAAGAGGGCGAUGUUGAAGAGACGCGUUUAUGCGGUCAUGUCAGGAUUAAUAUAUUUCCCUAGAAUGGUCGCCGACAACGAUGACAUCGAAAGUUUCGACGAGUUCCUCGAGACCGGCGACACGAAGAUGGAUAUCUUUAAGAACCCAGACGUCGUCACCGUUUUUCGGAAACUCAUCACCACGAUGAACGACAAAGGAUAUCUGGACUGAUAAACCCCUGUCUCCUCGUUCCUUUAAAUCUUACUGUGAUACGAUAUUCAUAUUUCCUCCAGAAAUCGAGGUCGAUCUGUCAGUUUAUCCCGCGGCGUACAUAUAUUCUAUAUUCCAUAACGUUAAUAUACUUUGCACGUUGUUCAUUAUUUAGUGAUAAGAGUCUCUUUGCGUUCGAGGAGACUUCUCAUUUCCGAAACGAAAGAAAAUGAGAUUACGAUCGGUUUGUCAAUGUUUCCUGCCAGACUUGAUAAUCUCCUGUAUAUGCGCAUAUAUUCUUUAUUUCAUAACGUUAAUAUACUUUGCACGGUGUUCAUUGUUUAGUAAUAAAAGUGUCUUUGCAUA